AUGGAUUCCCUGAUAAAACUAUUCGCCUCACUAUUACUCUUCUUUUUCUCUUCUCUCCUCUUUGGAGAGACCAAUGGAGUCGAAGGCUCAAAACAGAAUCAUCACUUGUAUGGAUUUAGACCAACGAAGUUGUUUGUGUUUGGAGAUUCUUAUGCUGAUACCGGAAACAUCAAGAAGUCUCUCUCUUAUACUUGGAAAUUUCCUUACGGAAUCACUUUCCCCGGAAAACCAGCCGGUCGUUUCUCCGACGGCCGAGUAGCCACCGAUUUUCUUGCAAAAUUUGUGGGGAUAAAAUCACCAAUCCCAUAUUUCUGGAAAGAUUACGCGGGAAAGAAACGGUUACAACACGGUAUGAAUUUUGCGUACGGAGGAACAGGAGUCUUCAACACUCUUGCUCCAUUACCUAACAUGACAACUCAGAUAGAUUUCUUCCAGAAGCUUCUCAUCGCCGGCGACAUCUACUCUACUUCCGACCUUACUUCCUCCGUCGCUCUCGUCAGCGUCGCCGGCAACGACUACUCCACUUUCAUCGCCCAAAACCGCCCUGCCGCGGAAUUCCCGGGAUUCAUAAAGCAAGUUGUGGAUCAAACAGAGGUGAAUUUGAGACGGAUCCAAGCCUUUGGAGUGAAGAAAAUAGCAGUACCGUCGUUGCAACCGCUCGGUUGCCUCCCCGGCGUCACGGUUGCUUCCUCGUUCCAGCGUUGCAACGAGUCGCAAAACGCCUUAGUGAAACUUCACAACAACUUGUUGCAACAAGUUGUAGCGAAGCUCAAUAACGAAACCAAGCAAUCAACUUUCAUCAUUCUUGAUCUCUACAAUGCUUUCUUGACCGUUUUCAAGAACAAAGGAGCUAAUCCAGGGAGUACGAGGUUUGAGAGUCCAUUAAAGCCGUGUUGCCUAGGCGUGAGCAGCGAGUAUAGUUGUGGAAGUGUGGAUGCAAAGGGAGUGAAGAAGUAUGUGAUAUGUGAUGAUCCUAAGACCGCUUUCUUUUGGGAUAGAAGUCACCCUACUGAAGAAGGAUGGCGAUCGGUUUACUCGGUUUUACGCAAAAGUCUUACCGCAUCUUUGAUGAAAGCGUGA